AUGGUUGAACCAAAAAAAACCAUCCGAUCUGGAAAAUCCUCUGUUGAACGACCUAAUAAUGGGUUUACCACUGAGCGCUCAGUUGGCGGCGAGCGUCGUUCCAUCCGCCACUACCACGAUGGUCGACUAUCGCAACGUGAGAGUCCUGUCCCUGGCCCUGUCCAAACACUAAUCAAGACCAAUAUUAUGUCGAAGACAAAAAGCACUAGACCUUUUUCCAAGCUCAGGGAACAGGAACCGGAACCGGAACCAAAACUAGAGCCAGAAACGGAAUAUGAAUCUCCUACUCUCGCCGAAAUUGAGAGACUCUCCGGUGCUGUUGCUACACUCUUCCACCCAGACCGUUCUAACCCCUCUGAGAAGCCUCCCCCGAGGACAAUGAGCCCACAGUCAUGGAGCUCCGAGAGCUCAUAUGGCAUGGUUACUCCACCCUUCCCUGUAGCCUCCCCUACUCCUGGAGAUUCACCCGAACUCAUGAGCACAGAUGUGCUUCUCCCUCCAGCGACUGCUAGGUCUGAUGGCUCAGACGAUGAUGCCGACAGUAUUUCAAAGAAGUGGAAGAAACUGGGUGGAAAGAAACGCAUUGGAAGUUCAGAUAUUCACGACUAA